AUGAAUGGGGAGAAUCAACUGCUGGGUGUCCCAUGGGAAAAAUUCUCAAAAUGGGUUCAUUCGGUGGGAGUUGUGACUUUCGAUCUAGAAUGGGGACAAGCGCUUGAGAUUAUUUACCCCGGAGAUGCGGAUCUUUCUUCAAUUGAAAAAGCUAAUAUGUGCUACUUGGCGUUUCCCGAUUCAACUUUUUCGCCGACACAAGAUGUCACGUAUCAUUUUCGGAUGAGAAAAACGUGGCCGAAAUUGAUACCUUCGCAUUGCACGUUGCUUGAAGACUCAUUAACAUCAAUCCCACUCGACCCAUCGUACCUAUAUGGAUUUGUUCAUUUUCGGCAGCACAAAGACCCGACGAUCAAAAGAGGAUAUUAUCAAAAAAGCGUUGUUCUACUAACGUCGUUGCCAUUUUUCUCGCUCUGGAGCCUAGUCACCUCGAAAAUAGCGCAGGGAUUCUUUGAUUUGGGAGAAACCGCGAUAGAAGCUGCUUGCCACGAUUUCGAUCAAUGGCCCAACCCAACACCGGGAUUGUUUUUAACACUGCCAAUUAUGGGAACGGUCGUCCAAUGUCGUAUUCCACUACGUGGAGAUAUCCCCUUUUCAACGGCGGCAAAUUUUAUUUGUCAGAAUGAUUUGCAAGCUUCAACACCGUCUAUUUUACUCCCAUCUUUGUUUGAGAUCGACCCUUAUAAAUGCUUGUCGAAUUUUGUUUAUCACCUUCAACUUUUAUGGGAACUAAUCCUAAUUGAAGAGCCUUUACUAGUCAUGGCCUCGACACCAACUCGUUCUUCGGCUGUUGUUCAAGCUUUGGUCUCACUAAUAAUGCCUUUGCGACUUCAAUCAGAUUUUCGACCUUAUUUUACCAUUCACGACUCAGAAUUUCGGGAAUAUUCGGCCAAAACCAGGAACUUACCCUGUGCUAUUCUCGGCGUGACAAAUCCAUUUUUCACGAAAGUUCUCCAACAUUGGCCGCACGUUUUAAAGUUAGGCGAGGACGCGACAAACGAAGAAAACGAAAAACAGGCGGAAAAGACAAAGAAUCGGGACAAACGAGGAAUUGAUUUGAAAUCUGGGCUUUACACACAGUACAAGCCGUUUUUAGCCCAUGACAAAUCCUUCUCGAAAAAGUUGUUAAAGACCGGACGUCCCGAUGAAGUAAAUUCAGCUGUAAUACGUCGAUAUUUUCUAGAACUUACACAAUCUUUUAUGAUUCCUCUUGAACGACAUCUUUCAAGUCUGAUGCCGCUACGAAAAAAUAUGUCACCAUUCAAGUCUAUACCAUAUCCUCGUCCAUUUGUAUUAGAUGACUUUUUGAGUGGGCUUGACGCUGCGGGGCCAUCUCUAACUUGUGCUGUAAAAGGUGAUUGGGCAGGAUUAUAUCGACGCUUCGCAUGUACUCGGACAUUCGCCAGUUGGUUGGCUCAACGAAAUAUGGAGAUAACCAAGCAAAUCCGACUUGUUUACAUUGAUGAAAUUUGUCAAGCCGAUUUAAAUGAGUCGCUUCUCUCAUCUCAUCAUCAUGCGGAAAUUGUCGAUUUAGUAUUGAGAAUGCGCUUGAUUGCUUCUCAAAUUCCGACAGGAAGUGAUCGUCGAGCAUUUUUGAUACGUCAAAUAUCCCACGUUCGCGCUUGUCUCAGCGGUUAUUAUGCGAUUGAUUCCUCUUCUGACAAUAAAAUGAAAGCCAUCGGAGAAAUGCAACCGUUGGUUCUUCCCCGGUCGGGACAACGGCUCAACCCCGCACUACUUUACCCAGUCAACAACGUCGGAAGUCAACAAAAAGUUAAUGCUAAUGCAGCAAAAAGUUACAAAGAGUCGAUUUUUGAUUCCGAGAAAGAUCUUAAGAAAGAACUUCCGAAAACUAACUAUCGGGAAUGCUCGCCGAUCCGUAUAAAACCAACUGCAAUUUCCGCGGAAUUAAACGUUUAUCAUGCUUUGACACCUGAGGAAUUAGAUGCAAAGGUCGAAUAUGAGCUCGAUGAUGUGGAUGAAUGCUGGUUAAAUGCUAUCCUGAAGGAACGGAAACUUCGAAUUGAUCCAGAAGUUUUUGCACAUGUUAUAGAUCGACUCGAAAAAGAAAGCACUUUUCAGCCAAAGAAACUAUUGAACCCACACCCAAAUAAUACCGAAGAAGCUUGUUGUAUAUGUGGUCUUGAAGAGGACGAGGAUUUAAACAGAAUAAUAUACUGCGAUUUAUGCAACAUAGCCGUUCACCAAGAAUGUUACGGUGUUCCUUUUAUACCCGAGGGAAGUUGGUUUUGCCGACGUUGCAAAUUGUCCCCAUCAGCUCCAGUAACAUGUGCAGUUUGUCCGAAUCAAGAUGGAGCUUUCAAAACGACUUCUGAUCAACGCUGGGUGCACGUCAUUUGUACAAUAUGGCUUAACGAGUUACAUUUCUUGAAUACGGUUUUUCUCGAACCGGUGGAGGGAGUUGAUAAAUGCCUCGAGAUUCGAUCACGAUUAUGUUGCAUGCUGUGCAAGAAAAAGUAUGGUGCGUGUAUCCAAUGUAGUCAGAGAAGUUGUGUUCGCGCAUUUCACGUCACUUGCGCACAGUCGGCAAAAAUGUAUAUGAAGGUCGAUACAGCCGAAGACUCUGACGCAUCGGAAAUGAUGGAUGUUCAGCGAUUUGCCUAUUGCCACAUGCACGAUCCAACCGACACGGAGACUGAUGUGGCUGUCAAAAGGAGAAAAAUGGAAGAAGCGUGUAAAUUGGCACGCAAAGUACUAAAACAAAAGAAAAAUUACGACUUUCCUGUCAGCAUUCCAAAAAUUUCAAGAGCAAGGGUUGAUAACAUCGCACGCCGGUUUCAUUGUAGCCAGUACAUCAAAGAGGUCUUUGAGUAUUGGAUAAUGAAGCGAAAGCAACGAUUUGGAGUGCCGCUAAUCUCGCGUCUACAGGAAGAAGUCGAGUUGCGAAAUAUGGAACAAGGAACAAGCAUUUUGGAGAUUCCCGAAGUUGAUCAAUUGAGACAGGAUUACUCAAGGAGACGAAAUGAUUUGGAAAAACAGCGAAUGCUUUGGGAAUUGGUCAAGAAGCGCGAGAUUCUCAAGAAGGAUCAUGUGUCCACAACGAAAAUAGCUUUUGACCGCCUCUGCACUCCAUCGGAAAUGCUUUUUUCUCAACUUUUGGAUGAAUUGGAGCAACAAGACAAACAAAAGGUUUUCCUUGAACCUGUGGAAAACAAGAUUUCCGGCUAUAGAAUGAUUGUUUCGAAACCGAUGGAUAUACAAUCAAUGAAAAGCAAGCUGAAUGCAAAAAAAUACUCAACUAUUACCGAGAUUCGCAAAGACUUGGAAUUGAUGUGUUCGAAUUGCGAAAAGUUUAAUUCUCAUUAUCACCAGGACUUUUACCUUCAAUAUGGUAAAAAAUAUCUGAAAAAAUGUAUAGCUAUUGUUGAGAAGUUUCAAGCUAGAUAUCAAUUCAUUAAUUCGAUGACUCAAGACGAUUACGAAAAGUUUGGCAUUCUUUUAUCCAAGAUGAGCUUCUAUGAGACCGAUCUAAGUAGUGAACGGGUUAAAGAGAAUGCACCUAUUGGUAUCCAUAUCGACAAUUCUCCCCAUCUUAAAGGCAACAUUUUUCUUCAAACGCCACCUAAAACAAUACCUCACUUUAGCUUCGUGGACAAUAAACGACACCAAAACGAUCUAUUAAUACCUCCAAUAAAGCGUCGUAAGAUUCAUGAAGACUCUGGUUUACGACAGACCUCAUUGAAACAAUUCCUCAACCCACCACGUACAUCCCCUACUCAAACUCCUGCAGCAAUCGAGAGUCGGAGAAGCAGGCAAAAUCCUAAGCAACCAUUUACGGACUAUCGCCAAAAUUCGAUUCAAUCACCACUUGCUGCCGAUGUUGCCUCAUCAACAGAAUAUUCAACUGAGGAUGACGACAAAGGAACUCGAAGAACAGGACGAGAGGGUUUACGCAAAGAUGGGCGUUCAAGAAGGCACAGAACAACAACGGUUCAACAGAGUCAAACCCCUGAUUCUGAAUUGAUACACAACGAUAUUGUGUACAUCACUCAAUCAGGGGCCCAAUCGAUGAAUGCGCCAGCCAUUGGACGCGUUCUGGAUCCACGUUUUGCGGAGUUAGACGAAACGUUGUCGACUGAAGUAGUCAACAAAGUUCGUAGACGAAAUGGGAACAAUGAUGCGUUGUUUGUUGUUCACUUUGGUGAUCGCAAUCCCCCGACAUGCGCCGCCUAUCCAAUUUCAAAUCUACGCCUUGUUGACUUUGAUAUUACACCGAGUCCAAGGAAUAAACAAUUCAAGAUGGCUGUCGAGUUUAGAAACCAGAUGCGUUCAAAUUCAACGCAGACCAAA